UGAACCUCUAGAUAAGCUGAUACACUGAGCACCUUUGCAUCAUGAAUUGCCCCUCCCGGACCGAUGAUACUCUCCUCCAUGAUGAGUGGAAUCAGAACCCGCCGCGUUUCGCUCCUGAUUUGACGACCCGUCAAGAUCUUCUUGGCAUUUCCAACACCCGUGAGAACAAGGGCGAUAAAAAUGGACUAGCGUUACUGCAGAACCAUUCAAACUGGGCUCAUGCUCACUGGCCCAGAAUAUCAGAUCUGGGGAAACGUCUCCAUGGGGUAGGCGAGGCGUCCAUUGGACCCCUCGCUCCCCAAAAAAAUCUUAGCAUUCGUCACGGAGAACUAGAUCUCAACAAGACCCCCUUGUCGUAUCAAAAAUUCAAAGACUGGGCGCUUUGGCUGCUCUCGGUCCUUUUUAUUUCUGCCUUGAUUUCCCACAACAGCUUAGGCAAUUGUUUUAUCCCAAAGGCACCUCUAGCUCUCGAAACAACUUUCCUUGCUGAACAGCAAGACUCACAGCCAGCCAAACGAUCAAGUUGUGCCGUAGGUGGUGUCCGCGAAGCUGCAUACGAUCUUCCACUACAUGUCGCAGCGCUGUUCAUUAUCCUCGGAACAUCGACUAUUGCAUGUGCAUUCCCAAUUCUCGCAACUCGGUUCCCUCGACUGCACAUUCCGCCUUCAUUUCUCUUUUUCGUCAGUCAUUUUGGAACUGGCGUUUUGAUCGCCACUGCAUUCGUACAUCUGCUUCCAACUGCGUUUCAAUCGUUAGGUGACCCAUGUCUUUCCAGCUUCUGGACAAAUGACUACCCAGCCAUGCCAGGUGCUAUUGCACUAGCAGGUGUUUUCUUUAUCACGGUCAUUGAGAUGGUAUUUAGUCCAGCUCAGAGUAUUUGCCGUGGCGGAAAUCAUGACUUAUCACAGAAGCGAUCCUCUUCCGGUCCCGAGAGAGAUACGCUAGCACAACUUGAUGAUUAUACCUCGGCUGAACCUCGAGCGCAAAGCUCACAUUCCGUUACACUAGAUUAUCAACCCCAUGUACGUGAUAUGGGUCCUCUGGUCGGAAGAUCCUCAAGUAUAAGCCGAGUUAUUCACCACAUGAGCGAUGAAAGUGAAACAGUUGUUAGAGUCUUAUCUACUCCUGAGACUCAAACUCAUCACGAGAAAGAAAAUGGAGUAUUCCGGUCGGAUAUAGAGCGAGAUAAUGAUCAUCAUAUUCUUACACCGGAGCAGAACCAAAGGAAAGAGACCAUGCAGGUUUACCUUCUUGAAAUGGGUAUUCUCUUUCAUAGUAUCUUUAUUGGCAUGUCGCUCAGUGUGUCAAUUGGGAGUGAAUUUGUGAUUCUAUUGAUCGCAAUUGUAUUCCAUCAAACCUUCGAAGGUCUCGCAUUGGGAUCCCGAAUUGCUUCGCUUUCCUGGUCUGAAAAGCAAUUACAGCCCUGGUUUAUGUCACUUGCCUAUGGCUGCACAACGCCUAUUGGACAAGCGAUCGGGCUUGCAACCCACACACUCUAUAGCCCGGACUCGGAAGUCGGCUUGCUCGUUGUUGGCAUUAUGAAUGCCAUUUCCGCUGGACUUUUGAUCUUCGCCUCUCUCGUAGAGCUGAUGUCGGAAGACUUUCUUAGUGACGAGAGCUGGCGCAUCCUUCGUGGGAGAAGACGAGUUUAUGCAUUUCUUUUGGUCUGCUUAGGAGCUUUCUGCAUGUCUAUUGUCGGUGCCUGGGCCUAAGCUAUGCCAGAUGUGGCUGGUCUGUCAUCUCCAAGAUCUUACUGCAAGGCUAAGGGCCAAAUCGAGAGACCUGGACUACAGACUGAUAUUAAAGAAGUGGUAGUCGUCGACCGUUGAAAUAAUAUUGUACUCUGCCCUCGAUAUACAAUUAAUA